CUGUUGAAUGAGCCGAGGUGUUGCUGCUGGAGCGCUGUCCGAGGUGCUGAAAACGCCGCCGACCACACCGGUCGCUGUCUUCUUUUUUUUCUUUUUUUUGCCUAGUCGAGACGAUACGCAUGUACUGACGUGAACGCCGAGCAGAAACAACAAGCAGUUCGGCGGGUUAACACAGCAGCAAACCCAGAGUAAAUGGGACCGCACGUCGUCCGAGCGUUAAAAAGAUGGAGAGAUUUGUUUCCCUGCUCGUCCUCAGCUGUCUCUGCGUCUCUCGAGUCACAGCGGAUAGCUUGUCGCCUCCCGUCAAUGUGACCAUCAAAGCGGUGAAAGCAAACUCUGCUGUGGUGACAUGGGACAUCCCAGAGGGAGACCCCGUUAUUGGCUUUGCCAUCACACAGCAGAAGAAAGACGUGCGCAUGCUGCGAUUCAUCCAGGAAGUCAACACCACCACACGCUCCUGUGCAUUAUGGGACUUGGAGGAAGAGACAGACUACAUUGUGCAUGUCCAGUCCAUCAGCAUGUCUGGGACGAGCCCGCUGAGCGAACCCCUGCGCUUCCGAACGCCCAAGGAGGCCGAGACUCAGGCCUCUAAGAGUAAAGACGAAGUGACGAUGGAAGAAGUGGGCCAGACCACCCAGCUGAGGGCGGGGGAGCUCAUCAUCAUUGUGGUGGUACUUAUCAUGUGGGCAGGUGUGAUUGCUCUCUUCUGUCGCCAGUACGACAUAAUCAAAGACAACGAGCCGAACAACAACAAGGACAAAGCCAAAAACUCCUCCGAGUGCAGCACUCCUGAACAUCCGACGGGGGGGCUGUUGCGCAGUAAGUUCCCCAAGAACAACAACAACAACAAUAGGAUGCCAUCUGUCAACAUCAUUGAGGUGUGACUGCCAGGACGUCUUCUCUUUAUCCAAAAGACUUUGUGUUCUCACAAACAAGCGAGCCCCUUUUAAGCCCAUCUGUUUGUCACGAUGAGGCUGGGACUGUGGGCCCCUCGGCGGCACUUGCUCUCCUUUGGCACGGGGCCCGCCGCUGAAUUGGAGCUGCAUGACUCCGGGGGUCAGGCACGGCCUGGCCGGAGCUGGUCUGAGAGCAGACUCUGCAGCGGAGUGACUGUGGAGAGAGUUCAGAGGCUGCGUCGUGCUCAAUAACUACUGUACCAUGGGGCAGCAGAGAUUAGGGCCAAAUGGCUCCAGUAGUGGAGGGACUGCAGAUAAACCAACCCCAGGGACCAAAGCCGAUGAACAGAGCCAGAGACCUCUUCACUCUCUGUCUCUCCCUCUGUCACUACAUCUUUCAAUGCGUUAUCCACAACCACAAACUUGGACAUUUCCCAUUACUGGGUGGCUCUGAUGCAUCCACUUUAUCGACACCACCCCCUGUACUUUAAUCCUAUCCAUUCUUUUCCUCAUACUAUCCUGUUUUCUAUGCUUUCUGUAUUGAAGGUAAACACUGUACAUCAUUAAACUAUAUUAUUGUAGUUUUACUUUUAACAAGGUGCCACCAGAGCAGUGAUGUUGUUCUGGUAUUUUUCUUUUCUAUUUUUUUUUUUUUUUUUAGAUCUCCCCUCAGGCAGAAACGCCUGUGGGACAUGUUUUCAUUCUGGCGAGCUCAUUUCCCCCCUCAGGGAAUCCAGACUCCACCUGGCUAAUUUAGGAGCCAUUUCUUAGAAGUUAUGUGAUGACGCCAGAGCAGCUUUAGAGGGAUCACUUGGCUCCCCACUAGAGCUGAAUCACCCAGUCUUGUCAGAAAAGAUGACUCUUGUGAACUCAUCUCUGAUCUAAACACAUAUAUAUACAGUAAGAGGCCAGGUGUGGUAUCAUCUUCAUCACAUUUGCUUCUUUCAUGCUUUUAUUAUAGAUUUCUGAAAUGUUACAUUCCACGUCCAGGAUGAGCCCUUUAGUAUUCCCUUGUGUCUUUCUCUUUGAGCGUGAUGAAUUUUAAUGCAUUCUGGGGAGGUAAAAGAGCUGCCAUAACGGAGUGCAUUCAUCUAAUUAAUGGACUUUAAACACGGCUGGACUCAGUGGAUGUCUAUGGAGAAGUGGCCUCUGUAGAGACACUAAAGAGAUCCCUUAUAUCAGCAAUAACAGCCUUCGGUGAAGCACGGAAGAAACUAACUCAAACUCUGUAGCCUGUUCGUCCAAAACUCAACCUCCCAGCAUGCAAUGUUCAGAGAGAUGAACAAACUGCACAUUGAAUAUGAGGGGAUUCAUUCUGAGCCUUGUUUGCAGGUGACCCUUCUCCCGAACUUCAAGAGAAGUCUUUCAGCGCUGUUGUAAAAACUUAUGUUUCUGAUGGAGAGCAUGGAAAAUAAAAUAAAAAAAACUUUUUAUGGGCCCAACAUUCAACCCAGAGACUUCCUUAUGACAUCCUGAACAGAUGUCACCAAGACAGAAGGGCUUCUAUCAAGACUUUUUCACAAAUCAAAGUCAACAUUUGCGUUGAAACUCCAUGUUGAGGAGACUAAGAAUAAUGAUAAGGGAUCAACUGUUGCCAUACGGUACUGUGCACUGUAUACUGUAACGAAACGUGUUUUACCGCCUCGUUUCCACAUAGCUCUGUGUACAUAUGCCAGUCAACCAGAAGUCUAUUCAUUCCUAUGAGAACCUCUCUUAUCUCGGAUGUGUUUGCAAAACUUCUGUGUUUUUCUGUCUGGACUUUGUCUUAAGUAGUGAGAAAUUUUAAAUUUUGUGGCAGAUUUCAGACAGACCACAUGCACUGUAUGAAAAUUAGCAUUUUGUGCUAACUUCCUGUGGAAUUGGCAAGUUAGGCUAUUUUAUUCAAUUCAGUUACUUGACAUUGUUAACAAUCAAACUGUGUAAUUGUGUUAUUAAAAAGAAGGUAGUUCGGCUAGUUUAACACAUUGUGAAUUUGAUUGUUAUUUUGAUAAAAUAUAGUUAGGAUAGAAAGUUAUUUAUUACUGCAUUGGCAUUUCUAUCCAACCAUAAAGUGAUGCAUUUCCUUGUGUUGAACACUAGGGGACGCAUCUCUCUACUAUAUGGGAUUACACAAACAAAACUGUGUGGAAAUGAGGCGUAAGAAAACAAAUGGUGUAUUUGAGGGCUGAUUCAAACUCAGUAGUACUGCCUUAAAAAUAAUUGUAUCUUAUGAUUUAUCUUAAACGACAGAAGGCCCUGUACCUCACAUUUGUGUCAGAUUCAUUAGCUUUCACAUAAUAUUAAAAUGUGUGUGCAAAGUAAAAAGGAAACUUUACUGAUUGAUGACAUAUAGAUCGGGCUGAGGUAAGUUUUAAAAUCUGGAAAAUGGUUGUCAUUGAAUGUGUAAAUACAUUUUAUAUUUCAUUCUCGUUUGGUGGCGUCAGCUUAGAGAGCCUUUAAUGAAAUAUGACUAAUGCGGAAAAUGUAUAGAAUUCUACUGUUAAAGAGUACUGCUACUGGUGAGUUAUUUUAUUAUUACACUGCUGUUAGUCUUUUUUCAUAGCACUCUUCUACUAUUAUGUAUUUCUAUUGCAUUAUGUCAUUGCGCUGUUUAUGUGCAAUAAGAAAAGACUUUUCAAUGAGGAAAAUGAUGAAAAGAGCUGGAUACUUUAAAUAAUAAUCCAAACAUAAUGGUUGAGAGCCUUUUGAAGGAUGGAGAACUGUAUUGACAGGCAGAAUGAUAAACACAUCAGCUACUGUUGUA